UGAGGCUAGGCUGGCACUUCCGCCCACAUGCCCGCUCAGCAAUCCUCAUUCCUCGACGCUGCCUCUGCCAUUGAGCACCUUCAGUCCUACUCCCGUUCAGAUGGCCUUUCCAUAACCGACCUCAUGGACUCUCAGGUCCAUGGCGGUCUCACCUACAAUGAUUUCCUUCUUCUCCCAGGCAAAAUCAAUUUUCCUGCUUCUGCCGUUCUCACUGAGAGCCGUGUAACUCGCAAUGUCACCCUCAAAACUCCGUUCAUCAGUAGCCCUAUGGACACGGUCACAGAAGGAGACAUGGCUAUUUCCAUGGCGCUCCUCGGUGGUAUUGGUGUUAUUCAUCAUAACCAGUCACCACAGUCCCAGGCGUCGAUGGUUCGUGCUGUAAAGCGACACGAGAACGGCUUCAUCACCGAGCCUGUUGUGCUUUCUCCCUCCAACCUUGUUGAGGAUGUUCUAGAUAUCAAAGCCCGACUCGGAUUCUGCGGUAUCCCUAUUACUGAAUCCGGUGCACUGGGUGGCGAGCUAGUGGGCAUAGUCACUUCUCGUGACGUCCAAUUUCGUGACCCCGCCACGCCUCUUUCCGAUGUUAUGACCACAGAUCUCGUUACCGCUUCCCAAGGCAUCACUCUCAUGGAGGCCAACGACAUUUUACGUGACUCAAAAAAGGGAAAGCUUCCCAUUGUCGACUCGCAAGGCCGUCUAGUCUCGCUUCUCGCACGUUCGGAUCUCUUGAAGAAUCAGUCCUAUCCCCUUGCCUCCAAAGACCCUGUGACGAAGCAGCUGUACGCCGCCGCUGCCGUAGGCACGCGUCCAUCAGAUCGGGACCGUCUUACUCUCCUGGUGGAAGCAGGCUUGGAUAUCGUCGUUCUCGAUUCCUCCCAGGGCAACUCCGUAUUCCAAAUCGACAUGAUCAAGUGGAUUAAAUCCAUGUACCCUAAACUCGAAGUCAUCGCAGGCAAUGUCGUCACUCGUAAACAGGCUGCGUCCUUAAUAGCUGCGGGAGCCGACGCCCUCCGUGUCGGCAUGGGUUCAGGCUCCAUUUGCAUCACACAGGAGGUCAUGGCCGUGGGGAGGCCACAGGCAACCGCAGUAUAUGCCGUGGCGGAGUUUGCGAACAAAUUUGGCGUGCCGGUCAUUGCUGACGGUGGGGUUGGGAACGUAGGUCAUAUUGUCAAGGCUCUGGCAUUGGGUGCUGGAGCCGUGAUGAUGGGUGGCCUCUUGGCUGGGACGGAGGAGGCGCCGGGAGAGUAUUUCUACCAUGAGGGAAAGCGAGUCAAAGCAUACAGAGGCAUGGGUAGUUUGGAAGCGAUGGAACAGGGCAAAUCAAGCUGUGGGCAAACAAAAGUUAAUGGCGCGCCCUCUACCGGCGGAUCGAACAAAUAUCCCAUCCUAAAGAAAUCGACGACCCUCGAAAAUGCAGCCACGUCGCGGUAUUUCUCCGAGAGCAGCGCCGUAAAGGUUGCGCAGGGCGUCAGCGGAGAUGUGCAGGACAAGGGAAGCGUCAAGGCCUUCCUGCCGUAUCUGUAUGUCGGUGUGCAGCACUCGUUCCAGGAUAUUGGCGUCCGGAACGUACAGGAGCUGAGGAGCUCUGUCAAGGAGGGCAAGGUGCGGUUCGAGCUGAGAACUGCCAGCGCGCAGGUUGAGGGUGGAGUACAUGGACUGAACUCGUAUGUGUUGGUUUUUUUUCACUGGCUUCCUUGCUGAUGAUACCUCCCAGCUACACGAAAAGGCUUUUUGCCUAGAUUAUGACUCAUGUAGCAUAGCUGUACGUUACCUUAGAAUACCGAUAUACACAUUUGA